GGCGGGGCUUGGAGCGUCGCACGAGUUGUCAAACCGGUUGGUCUCGUCUUGUCUUUGAGACGCUCUUUGCGGAAAGAGGACGUCGUUUGUCGGCUGUUUGUACUGUGAACGCACUCAGGAGCUCGUCUCAGGCUGUUCAGGAAGUUCAAAUGUCAAGGAGCUCGAGUUCAGCUGAGCCGCUGAGGUCCCACCUUUUCAAGAAUGCAACAAGUUCACUCUGACUCCCACUCCCAGGUGGCUAAAGGACAACUGUGACGUACAGGUAGCACUGCCAGCUGACAGGAUGCCUGUGGAGACGCUGCAGCAGCCUCUCAGGCAGCCGGCGCAGGCUGCUGUGAGAGCUUCACCUCCACGUUUGAGGCCUAAGGGGCCGGUGGGACCAGACUUUUACCGGAGGACCGCGGCGGCGGCGGCAGGCCUGCCGAGGCAGAGCGCUGUGGAGAGACUGGAGGCAGACAAGGCCAAAUACGUUAAGAGUCAGUUAGCUCUUACCAAACAACAGGUCAGGCCUCCAGAGGUGAAAAAGCCUCUGUUGAACCCCAACACACCGCUGCGUCCCACCAGGAAGACCCCGGUCCAGACAAACCCAAAACCGGAGGGAGUCCAGCUGGACGUGGAGCACCUCAGUAACCUCAUCAGUAACCUCCCAGAUGGUCCACAGCUCGCUGCAACAGCAAAGUCGACGGAGAGUAAAGCUGCCGUUUUAAGAAGCCCCCCCAGCAGACCACUGUGUGYACAGCAGGUAAAGGAGAGGCCGUGCCCCCCUCCCCGUCCUGACUGCUCCAGUCCAGCUAAGGUGAGGUUAAAAGCGUCUGUGCCGGCCCGGGUGGAGGCUCCAACUGUGGGCACUGUACGCAGGGUGGACGUCAUGCCUCAGCUCGGCCCCGGGGGGAACGCCUGCAGACCACCUCAGGUCACACGGCAGCCCCUCCAGCCCAGACCGAUACAUUCCCAGGUACCUCUGCGUCCAGCCGCGUCCCACCAGCGUCUCUUCCUCCAGAGGACAGCACCGGGUCGUCCUCCUCUGAAACCACUCCUCGUUCUGUCAGAACCCGACGGCUCGUCCUCUCCUGCUGCUCAAACCCCAGCGCUCACGUCACCUCCCCCUGCCCUCCCCCCCUCCCCUGCGGUCACCCGCCUGUCCUCCUCCAGCUCCAGGAAGCGGCCCUCUUUGACCCGGUCCAAGUCGGACAUGAGCGACCGGUACUCCCGAGCCGGGACGGAGCUGGAGCGCUUYUUCAACCUGUGCGGCCUGGACCCCACGGACCUGCAGGAGCUGAGGGCUUCCAGCUCCGACAUCGUGUCGCUCGCUCGUUUCCGCAGCGUCAGCGCUCCAGGGUCCGAGUGCGGGGGCUCGAACAAGGAGGAGGAGGAGGAGGAGGAGGAUGAAGACGCUGGCAAAUCUGCCAAUCGUACUCCUUACGGUGUUUCUGUUGUUGAGAGAAAUGCAAGAGUGAUUAAGUGGCUGUACGGACUGCGGCAGGCCAAGGAAAACACAACAAACACKAAUUUGUAGCAAAGCGUUAACCCAAAGAAGAAACUGAUUUUCAAAAUAAACCUGGAUGAUUUUCAGAAUAAGGGUYGUUAUUAAACUGGUAGUAACCUGAAAUAUGCCCAGCUGAGGUGAAAAAUAAUUUCUUCUCUCUGAGUGGUUUUCAUCACUUAUAUAAAUAWUUUUUUUGUUUCUCAAAAUUAGAAAAAUGAAUUUCUUUUUGAAUCCUUUUGUUUUUUCUUUGACUUUUUGAGAAGUUAAUGAUGAGGCCUGUUAAUUUCACUGGUGCAGCUGUGUCAGAGUGUCAUUGUGCACAGAUCAUCCUGCUGUAUAUAAAUAUUUAAAAUAAACUGAUCCAAGCAUCA